UGUAUUAACAUAGUAAAAUGAUUCAUUUAAACCGUCUAAAAAAAUUAACAUCAAAAUCUGUCCACUAACACUUUCGUGAGGAAAGGAACCCCUUUUGCGCAAGGAACAACCCCUUAUCAAUCUAGUUUGCAAACAACCUCUUAACAAACCCCUUUAUCAACCUAUGUAGACUCUUUUCAUGAAAAAAUUUUUGUUUAAUUCCCCACACUACAUAUUAGUCUUUGGACAAAAAGAAGAAAAAGACAAUACUAUGACUAAUUUUUAUUUUAUUUUUUAUUAAGAAAUGUUCAACUUUCUAAUAAUAUUAAUAUUUUGUUUAAUAAUUAAUACACAUUCAUGGUAUUGGACUAAAGAUGUAAAAUAUCCAUCCCCUAGAGGAUAUACCUAUUCGGAAUGUGCUGUUUCAAAACCAACCUAUGUUUGUGAUCCCGAUAAAAUGUUAACUGAUCAACAGAGAGAGGAAAUUGUUCGAUUAGUUGAAGAUUUUAAGGAGAAAACUAAAAGGCCAAGUUCAAUGUUUCCGUGUGCGAGGGAAGGACUUAGACUUAUCGUGGCAUUAGCAACAUCUGGAAUUGCUAUAGGUGAUGAUCUCUCUACAAAUGUGUGCAAAAAUGGUGGAUGGACGCCAUCUGAUACAACAAAAUGCGAGUCAGACGUACUGGGUAUUGAACUAAAUAAAGAUGGGUUUCAUCAUUGCACUUCGAUACGGUGGUUAAUAAACCUUAAUGAAGAAGAAUAUGAAAAGCUCGGCAAAGCAGAGGUGAAAAUUAAGGGUAUUUUGGGAAUAUCUACCAAAUGUCCACAAAUUUUGUCUGCAACUUUUCUCUUUUCAUUCUCUUUUUUUCUCUCAUACAGAGUAAAAAUGGCCAAUUUAAUUAAGCAUUGGACCAUUUUUAAACUUUAUGAGUAUAAUAAAAGGAAUGAAAAGGAGAUGAGAAAACGUGGGGACAAACAUUUUGAUAAAAUCAUCAAUAGAAACUAUUUUGAUGCACUAAAAAGUCAUAUUAACAACUUGCGUAUCCUUUACAACCAACGUUUCGCAAGUUUUGAUAACAUAACACAUGUGCAUCAUUCAUUAACGGAACUACGGCAUUCCUUGCAAGAUAAUCAAAAAAUAGUAGCAGAAAUGAGACAAUUAUUAUCACAAGGCCAAAUGUUUGCUGGGAAGAAUAUGACUAUACCCUCAGGAUUUAUUACUAUAUUGUCUAAUAAUUUAUUAGGAAUAAUAUCAAUCAUCAUUUCCUUAAUUAUUGGCUUGGUGCUUUUAUAUUUGAUUUAUCGAAUUAGCCAAUUUGAAAAUUAUCUCAGUCAGAGGAAUGCUUCAAAAACUGAGACACAGUUAAUGACACCAAUGCAACCUGUUGAAAUUGUUGAAAAUGGGAGGGAUAGAGAGGAAGCUAGAAAUUUAUUAAACCUUUGA